UUGCUAGAAAUGGCAGAAAUGAUUGUUUCAGAACCGAAGCAACAUGAAAGGAAUUGGCUGGAGCUUCCAUCUGAUGUAAUGGCGAACAUUCUAUACAGAGUUGGUGUUGUUGAUAUACUUGAGAAUGCCAAGAAAGUUUGCACUACAUGGCAUAAAAUCUGCAAAGACCCUUCAAUGUGGAGGGUUAUUCAUAUGAAGAAAGUUUUAGGUCUAUCUGAACAGCUACAAGAGAUGCGUAAACAUGGUGUGGGUCAAAGUGAAGGGCAGUUUUUUGAUAUCAAAGUUGGGAGUUUUGCUUAUGAGCAACUUAUUCAGAAGAUUUGGUGGCAUGCUAUGGAUCUAAGUCAAGAUCAGCUGGUUGAUAUCAAAGUUGUGGGUUUUGCUUAUGAUAAACUUAUUCAGGAGAUGUUUAAACAUGCUAUGGAUCAAAGUCAAGGCCAGUUGGAUGAUAUCACCAUUGUAGAUUUUGCUUGUGAUGAGCUUCUUCAGUAUGUUGCUGAUAGAUCAAGUCAGCUCAAACGGCUUGAAUUUGUAAGUUGCAAACGCAGUGGAAAUUGA